AUGUGUUACAGCUCGUGUUUUAAAUUUACUUAUAUUAACGCACACUUAUUUCGAUUCAGCAGCGAACAAAAACUGCAUAAAAACUAUCACGACAAACACCAAUCCACGGCAAACAUCAAUCCACGGCAAACACCAAUCCACGGCAAACACCAAUCCACGGCAAACAUCAAUCCAAGGCAAACAUCAAUCCACGGCAAACAUCAAUCCACGGCAAACACCAAUCCACGGCAAACAUCAAUCAACGGCAAACACCAAUCCACGGCAAACACCAAUCCACGGCAAACAUCAAUCCACGGCAAACAUCAAUCCACGGCAAACAUCAAUCCACGGCAAACAUCAAUACACGGCAAACACCAAUCCACGGCAAACACCAAUCCAAGGCAAACACCAAUCCACGGCAAACACCAAUCCAAGGCAAACACCAAUCCACGGCAAACACCAAUCCAAGGCAAACACCAAUCCAAGGCAAACACCAAUCCACGGCAAACACCAAUCCACGGCAAACAUCAAUCCAAGGCAAACACCAAUCCAAGGCAAACAUCAAUCCACGGCAAACACCAAUCCAAGGCAAACAUCAAUCCACUGCAAACACCAAUCCACGGCAAACAUCAAUCCACGGCAAACACCAAUCCACGGCAAACAUCAAUCCACGGCAAACACCAAUCCACGGCAAACACCAAUCCAAGGCAAACACCAAUCCAAGGCAAACAUCAAUCCACGGCAAACAUCAAUCCACGGCAAACACCAAUCCAAGGCAAACAUCAAUCCACUGCAAACACCAAUCCACGGCCAACACCAAUCCACGGCCAACACCAAUCCACGGCAAACAUCAAUCCACGGCAAACACCAAUCCACGGCAAACACCAAUCCAAGGCAAACACCAAUCCAAAGCAAACAUCAAUCCACGGCAAACAUCAAUCCACGGCAAACAUCAAUCCACGGCAAACAUCAAUACACGGCAAACACCAAUCCACGGCAAACACCAAUCCAAGGCAAACACCAAUCCACGGCAAACACCAAUCCAAGGCAAACACCAAUACACGGCAAACACCAAUCCAAGGCAAACACCAAUCCAAGGCAAACACCAAUCCACGGCAAACACCAAUCCACGGCAAACAUCAAUCCAAGGCAAACACCAAUCCAAGGCAAACAUCAAUCCACGGCAAACACCAAUCCAAGGCAAACAUCAAUCCACUGCAAACACCAAUCCACGGCAAACAUCAAUCCACGGCAAACACCAAUCCACGGCAAACAUCAAUCCACGGCAAACACCAAUCCACGGCAAACACCAAUCCAAGGCAAACACCAAUCCAAGGCAAACAUCAAUCCACGGCAAACAUCAAUCCACGGCAAACACCAAUCCAAGGCAAACAUCAAUCCACUGCAAACACCAAUCCACGGCCAACACCAAUCCACGGCCAACACCAAUCCACGGCAAACAUCAAUCCACGUCAAACAUCAAUCCACGGCAAACACCAAUCCAAGGCAAACACCAAUCCAAAGCAAACACCAAUCCACGGCAAACACCAUUCCACGGCAAACAUCAAUCCACGGCAAACAUCAAUCAACGGCAAACAUCAAUCCACGGCAAACACCAAUCCACGGCAAACACCAAUCCAAGGCAAACACUAA